UUAAAAGGAGCUGUUGCUACCCUUCAAUUUCCUCCAGUGCUUCAAAGUAGUAAAUACUUCCUCUAUGCCAGUUGACCGACUUUCGCACCUUUGGAACCGUCUGACAGUUGGAGAACAACGCCAGUGUGCACCGCACCAAGAUAAGUGACUUUGCCAAUCGUGGGACAGCGCGCUGGUCCGAGUCGGUGGGAUUUCUUUUUUGAUAAGUUGGCGUGCAUUUUGCAGAGUGGUCCAACAGGUAUCUUCUUUGAUCUGCUCGCCAAGCAUGGCAUUGGACCACAUGGACGCAUUUCGCGCCUCCGUUUUACUGGCUUGCGUGAUAAUCUGCAGUAAUGUGUCAUGUCCCGUCGGUGCAUAUCUCUACAACAACCGCUACGCAGGCGACCAAGUCUUCAGGAUAACUCCGAAUAAUUAUGAGGAGGUCCAAGUGCUCAAGCAAAUUCUGGGACAUAUGAAGGUGGACUUCUGGCAGCCCAACAGUGCGUCUCUGAUCUGUCACAAUGCCACAGUGGAUGUCCAUGUGAAACACAAUGACACACAUACUUUAUGUGCACGCUUAAACCAAGAGCGUAUUGCUUAUCGGGUGUUUAUCUCCAAUCUACAGAAGGAAAUUGAAAAGCAGACAGGAUAUCGUUCUUCUCGCAAGCGGAGAUCAACGGCUCAGUACAACUAUGAGGUUUACCACUCUCUGGAAGAGAUCCAGAGCUGGAUGUUUGAGAUGAAUAGAACCCAUCCCAAACUGGUUGACGUGUUCUCUGUCGGGAAGUCGUACGAGGGAAGACCACUUCAUGUGCUUCAGCUAGGAAAGAGAAGUCAUCCCCAGAAGAAAGCUGUGUGGAUCGACUGUGGUGUUCAUGCUAGAGAGUGGAUUGGGCCUGCAUUCUGCCAGUGGUUUGUCAAAGAGGCCAUCAACUCAUAUCAGUAUGACUCAGCGAUGAGACGACUGCUCAACCAUCUCAACUUCUACAUCAUGCCUGUCUUCAAUGUGGAUGGAUACCAUUUCAGCUGGACCAAGGAUCGGUUCUGGAGGAAAACACGGUCCAAAAAUCACAAGUUUCACUGCAGAGGAGUGGAUGCUAACAGAAACUGGAAAGUGAAAUGGUGUGAGGAGGGUGCCUCCUCUCAUCCCUGUGAUGACACCUACUGUGGUCCCUUCCCUGAAUCUGAACCUGAAGUCAAGGCUGUGGCCAAGUUCCUGCGCAAGCGCAAGAAGCGUGUCAAGGCAUACAUAUCCAUCCACGCCUACGCCCAAAUGCUGCUUUACCCCUACUCCUACAAGUAUGCCACUAUCCCCAACUUCAACUGUGUGGAGUCAGCUGCUCAUAAUGCGGUGACAGCCUUGUACUCCGCAUAUGGAGAGAGGUACAGAUAUGGACCUGCUUCAACAACUCUGUAUGUGAGCUCAGGGAGCUCUAUAGACUGGGCUUACAGGAAUGGGAUCCAGUAUGCGUUUGCAUUUGAGCUGAGGGACACAGGACACUUUGGCUUUCUCCUCCCUGAAUCCCUGAUCAACCCAACCUGUACUGAGACUAUGAAAGCUGUGAAGGCCAUUGCAUCAAGUCUGCUGAAUAAGUGUGAGACAGACAGGGAAGGAUUUCCAUAUAUAUGACCACACAGGAGUCUCACCCUCAUCCGUUACUUAUCUCAACCCCUCAUAUUCCUCUGAGAUUUUAUAUGGCUUCUUAUCAGGUGUAGAGCUAAGGAGAACCACCAAAGCAUGAAUUUUAAUUUGUUUUUCUUGUUUUUAGAUGAUGUUACCUCCACCCAGGAGGUUUUGUUGUUACUGCAGUUUGUUGGUUUGUUCACAGCAAAACUCAAAUGGAAUUUGAUGACAAUUUUUGGAGAGGCAUGGCAUGGACCAUGGAAUAAUAUAUUUUGGUGCUGCCCCGAAUCAUUAUUCCAACCCAUAAAUAUGUUUAAUGGCAUUAUGGGAAACUCAACCAACUUGGUGGAGGUUUGCGCUCUCUGAGUGCUGUCAUAUUCAUUUUAUUUCCUUCUCCUAUAAAUGUCAGAGAGCAUUCAGGGGGAAGACUGGGAUGUAACAUGUGCCAUGCAAGUUCUGAGCUCGAAUCUGGCCUAGCAUCUUUUUAGCAUGUACCCCUCUGCUUGUGCCCCAAAAUUUCCUGUUGCUCUCCACUAACAAAACAAAUUAAUAAUGGCUCAAAUAGUAAUAAUAGUAAUACAUACAUGUUUGUAAUAUAAGCUUUUUACAGCGGUCAAUGGUCAUGUAAGCACUUGUCAUGAUAAAACAGCACUUUUGAAAAGAAAUAUCUAAGAAUUUAAUGUUUUUUAAAAUGUUUAAGUUUUUUUUUUACUUAUUAUUCCAGUUCCUUUUCAUACUUCAUUUUGGAUUAAUGACUCCCAACAAGUGUCAUGUUAUUUUUUUAAAUUAUACUGUUAAUGUAUUAAUGCUUUUAUUAUAGCAACAUUGUUGGUGUACAGAUUAUGCUAUCACCUGGCAGUCUACUGUUGUUUUAGAUUGAUAUUUUUUUUUGGUUAUUCUCCCCUUAUCAUUUGGUCAAGACUGAAAUUUGAGAAGGCUACCCUGUCAUUACUCAGGUAUAGAUCAAUGACAGUGUUAGAGAUGUUUACUUUU